AUGACAUUAAUAUUAGUCAAGAGGCGCUGCUGCUGGAGGGAGUUGGAGGUGGGCGCGGCAGUGGUACCCAGGCAGGAUGAUCUCCGUGAGGCUGGAAGGCAGGAACCCAACCUCCAUGUGCGGCCGCAGUCUGGGUCAAACAAUCUUCGAAAACACUCCUACUGGUUGGAUCUUUGGCUCUUCAUUCUUUUCGACGUGGUAGUGUUUUUAUUUGUGUAUUUUUGGCCAUGACUGGUUUGCUGAUAGCUGGCUUCUGGAAUGAAUUCUGCAGUUGACUACAAACUUCUUGAAAAAAGAAGACAGGAUUGUACAGCAGAAUUUCAAAACUCUAUGGGACUUUCAUUUUAGACUUUUCUUUUGCUUAUUUGGAGAACUCUAUUAAAUGGGCAGGAUCUUGCCCAUUCAUAAAUAAGUUCUUAAAAUUAGACCCUUUAAUUCAUGUUUAAAAACUUUGUAACAUCUGGUGGCUUUACAGGGUUGACUAUAAAAAUAUUUGUAUUUAAAGGUUUAGUGAUUCAUUAGGAAAUAGAGUAAUGUCUUUCUUUAACAUUUUAAGGGUUGAUCAGGGUUUAAUAUGCUGAAAAUGAUAUGGUGAAUAAUAAUUUGAGGUAUUUAUAAAUUCAAAAGUAAAUUAUUCAAAAGUGAAGGAACAAUUUUCAGAGGAGGAAGGGAGUAUUUUUAAGAUUGCAGAGAAGGGCAACAAAAAAGAUACACAGAAAAUGUAGGCCCGCAAUUUGUUUAUUGGCUCUAAGCACCAGUUUAAUUUUUAUUAAUAGGUAAAGUGAGCAUCUUAUGAAAAGGUAUGUCAUGGGCGACAGGUUGAUGUAGUCUUAG